AAUAUUGAAAGACCCGUAAGACAAACGUUUGGGGUAGUACUGUUUGUCCUCGCUGCCAGUCCGUAGUAGGCCUUGAAACGAAUGAAAGCUCACAAACUACCAAAGAUUGCAUGUUUGCUAGCAGAAUUGAGGGAAGUGGGGGUUUAUUCGAUCGCCUCCGACUUCUCUGAAGGCAGCCCGCUCUCCGGCCUCUCUUUCUCCGCCUCCUCUUCAUGCAGAUCACGGGGGUCGGGGCCUGUUCCCGACGGACCCAUAUAUCCUCCGUCUCGGGCUCGUCAGAGUCGUGAAAGAAGAAACAGGAUUCUGCUAGUCCGUGGCAACAUCAUGUCGGCGGACACCAAAAUCGCAGAGCUUUUAACAGAGCUCCAUCAACUCAUCAAGCAGACGCAGGAGGAGCGGUCGCGCAGUGAACACAACCUGCUCAACAUCCAGAAAACACAUGAGAGGAUGCAGACUGAGAACAAGACCUCCCCUUACUACCGGACUAAGCUGAGGGGACUCUACACCACAGCCAGAGCAGACGCUGAGGCAGAGUGCAGUAUUCUUCGUCAUGCUCUCGACAAAAUUGCAGAGAUCAAAUCCUUAUUGGAGGAGAGGCGAAUAGCGGCUAAGAUGGCAGGUGUGAACAGCGACAAUGACCCCCCCAGGAAGACCAUGCGGAGGGGGGUGCUGAUGACGCUGCUCCAACAGUCAGCCAUGACGCUCCCGCUGUGGAUUGGCAAGCCAGGAGACAGUCCUCCUCCCCUGUGUGGGGCGAUGCCAGCCAACAGUGACUACGUGGCCAAGCAAGGGGACAAGGUGGCAGCGCGGGUCAAGGCCGUGGACGGAGACGAACAGUGGAUCCUGGCCGAGGUGGUCAGCUACAGCCACUCCACCAACAAGUACGAAGUGGAUGACAUUGAUGAGGAAGGAAAAGAGAGACACACCCUGAGCAGGCGGCGUAUCAUCCCCCUCCCCCAGUGGAAGGCCAACCCAGAGACGGACCCGGAGGCCCUGUUCAGUAAAGACCAGCUGGUGCUGGCCCUCUACCCCCAGACCACCUGCUUCUACAGAGCCCUCAUCCACACCCACCCACACCGGGUGAGACAAGGAAAGGGAGAGGAGGGGGGGAGCUGAUUGAUCCCCAGGACGACUACUCAGUGCUGUUUGAGGACACGUCGUACGCAGACGGCUACUCCCCGCCCCUCAAUGUAGCUCAGAGAUACGUGGUGGCCUGCAAAGAGAACAAAAAGAAGUAGAGACUGAUGAAGAAAGAGAGGAGUCAGGAGAAAUCAAGGGGACUGUGACUGAAGAUACUGUAUUUUGUCAGACUUGACAAAUACACUGUGUAGACAAGUGUUCCUAGACAAGUGUUUCCAACCACCCCUCUCCCCAGAAUAACAAUGGAUUCCAUGCCUUAGCCACACGUAUGGACACACUGAGGGCGGGCUUCAAAUAAAAUAACAUCAAACUUUA